AGGAAAAACGAGCUCAACGUGAGGCUAUCGAAGAGGAUCGAAAGAGAAAGAAAGAGCUUGCUGAAAAGCGUGAGGAGGAAGCGAGAGAGAGGGAAGAGCAGCGUCGUAGAGAAGAGAAAGAGAAAGAAGAAGAAGAGAAACGAGCUCUGGAGGAAAAGAAGAAGAAAGAGGAAGAAGAAUACGACAAGUGGAAGGACCUCUUCGAGACUGGGGAAGGUGGAGCCCAGGCAGACGAAGAUUUGCAAGAAUCGCAGGGAAUGCUUCAGGAAUUCAUUGACUAUCUCAAGGCCAAGAAGAUUUCUCCGCUGGACGAGGUUGCAAGUGAAUUCAAACUCAAGACCCAGGAGGUUGUGAACAGAGUAGAAGGUUUAGAGGCCAUGGGAAGAAUCACUGGUCUCCUGGAUGACCGUGGAAAGUUCAUCUACAUCUCAACUGAGGAGAUGGAAGCGGUUGCAAAGUGGAUCAAGUUGCAAGGGAGGAUAGGAGUGAGCGAUCUUGCAGCGGAGAGCAAUCGGCUCGUCGACCUGCAGCCCAAAGAAGCUGUUCGAACGACGAUAGAGGGGGCUGUCGUGGAGGAAGCAGCAACACAAUGAGGGCUGGUAAAUCAUCUAAAGCCUCCCGUGGAAGUAAUAAAGCUAUUUGGCCGUG